CGGUGACAGCGCGUGCCUCUCUCCCUCAGCAGGAGCAGGUUGCGUCAGACUCGCUCCUCCUCUCACGUUUGCUGCUGUGCGCUUCGCAUCUCCAUCACAGGCGCACGGACAGCAUGGAGGCCCUGCUCAAUGAGUGGCUGUGGCAGGAGGAGUACUGGCUUCCUCCUGGCGUCCGCUGGCAGGACAUAGAGGUGAAGGAGGACGAGGGACGCUUUCCUCGACCCAGAGAUCUCAUCUACACCUUGCCCCUGGCCUUCGCCUUCAUAGCCCUCAGAUAUGUCUUUGAGAGGAUCAUCGCCGACCCGUUAAGCAAACGUUUAGGUGUGAAGGACCGGAUUUGGAUUCGAGCCGCUUCAAUCCCGAAGCUGGAAACCUUCUACAAGCAGAGCAGUCGGCAGCCAUCUCAAAAUGAGGUGGUGAGCUUGGGGAAGCAGUGUGGACUCUCCCAGAGAAAGAUCCAGACCUGGUUCAGACACAGAAGGAACCAGGAUCGACCCGGCAACACCAAAAAGUUCUCGGAGGCCUCCUGGAGGUUUGUCUUCUACGUCGCGUCCUUCACUGCGGGGCUCGGCUCUUUGUUUGAUACGCCGUGGCUCUGGGACCACAGAGAGUGUUGGAGGGGUUAUCCCAAACAGCCCGUAGCUGAAGCUCAUUACUGCUAUUACGUCUUGGAAAUGGGUUUCUAUUUGUCGCUGCUUCUGUGCGUCUCUGUGGACGUCAAGCGAAAAGACUUCAGAGAACAGGUCAUUCAUCACAUCGCCACCAUAUUCCUCAUCGCCUUCUCCUACUGCGCCAACUUUGUGAGGGUUGGCACUCUGGUGAUGCUGGUGCACGACUCCUCUGACUUCCUUCUCGAGUCCGCCAAGAUGUUUCACUACGCUGGCUGGCGAGGACAGUGCGACUCGCUGUUCGUCGUCUUCGCUCUGGUCUUCCUGCUGACGAGGCUGGUGGUGUUUCCUGGCAGAGUGGUCCACGCGACCUUGGUGGUGUCUCAAGAAUUCUUCCAGCCCUUCUUUGGUUAUUACUUCUUCAACGCGCUGCUGUUAGUGCUGCAGGCACUGCACAUCUUCUGGGCGUAUCUCAUCCUGCGCAUGGUCUACAAGUUUAUGUUCCUGGGCAAGUUGGAGCGAGAUGAACGCAGCGAUGAGGAGAGCGAGGUGGGCGAUGAAGAGGAGGAGCCUGAGGAUGAAGGGGACGAGUGCAGCUGGGAGCAAAGAAAAGGUGCCAUCAACUCCAAACUGGCAUCGCUGGCCAACAACUGCGUGCUGAACAACCUGACCAACCAGAGGAACAUAACCAGCCGACUGCCCAAAGCCAGGUAGUGCAGCAUCCUCCCACGUCCCCGCUGGACACAUGAUACAGACACAUGGCUCGUGUACAUCCAUCAUCCAUCUGACGACUGCAUCAUGCUUAUCUGUAUUUAUUUUUUAAAGAGAGAGCACCUAUGAUUGUACGAUAUAGUUAACAAAACAAGGAGGAAGUGAAAUCAUGGGAUGGUUUUUGCAGAUUUUGUAUUUAUGCUGUUUUUGUUUCUUUGUUUUAUAAGAACUUGUUUGUAAACACACAAGACAUAAUGCAUUUAAAUACAUAAGACAUAAUGCAUUUAAAUACAUAAGACAU